AUGACCAUAGCUCGUCAUCAUUUGACCAUUCAAGAGAAGAACCAAGUGCGUGCAUAUCAUCGUGAACGUCCAGACUUGACCCAAGAACAACUUCGUGAAUGGGUACAUGGCAAAUUUAGUAAAUGGAUUGGACGCUCAACUAUUGGCAAAAUUGCUAGUCUACCCGAAGAAGUUUGUGCCAAUCCGUCCGCCAAACGCAUUCAAAGUGGUCGAUAUCCAGACAUGGAAGCCGAAUUAUAUGGAUACAUUAUAGCCAAACAGAAUGAGAAACAUACUGACGAGUCGCUACGGGAUGAUUUGUCUAUUCUUAGUGAAGGGAUUUUAUGGACAAAAGCCAAUGAAAUCCUCCAUCGCACUCGAGGAUCUAAUCAAUCGGUAUCUUUAGGUUGGGUACAGAGGUUUAAGAAACGUCAUGGAUUGCAUCGUUCUCAAAGACUUGGUACAGUUAAAGAGCAACUAACGGAGACUAUGGGUUUAGGGAGCAAUUGUGUAGGUAUGAAGCGUGGGAGAGACGAAGAUAGUAAACAUGACGAUAAAACUGAAAAUGACCUGGCCAUGAUACCGUCAGUUGGAAAUAUUCGUACUGACACGGGUAGAACACCAAGUAGAAAGCAGUUUGUAUCGGCUGAUGACAUUCUACUGCUGACUCAAGUUAAUAUCACGAAACCAUGGGCAUAUCCACACAUGAUGGACGGGUGGCAAGAAGUUUGUGAACAAUUGCGCAAACAUAGUAAUUUUAACUUGGAGAAGACAGCAGGUGCCUGUCAAGCGCGUAUUGCAUUGUUGCUAGAUCAUUUUCGUGCUGGGAAUGUUGCUGCACUGCGAAAGUCUGGAACGUCAAAAGAGUUUGAACGGAAGCGUGAGCUGCUGGUCGAGGUGCAGGUCCAACAAACAGCUUUUGAGGAGUUUCAGGCAAAUUUGCGCAAGAUGAGAGGAGAACCAUCACCAUCUUCGUCUGUGACGCAGCAUGAUGCUGCUGUUGCAAAGGUUGGUGAAGCUGCUGCAGCUAUCGCCGUUGCAGAGGCAACAGGAGAGGCGAAUCGAAAUGGCCAGCGACGUUUGGAGCUACUGGAGAUUCGGAUGGAACGCGAACUUGCUAAGCAGAGACGACAUACAGACGAGCAAGUGCAUCGGCUUGAAAGACUGCAGCAAGCGCAAUUGGAAGUCCAACAGAAGCAGCACGCACAGUUACUAGCUACCAUUCAGCAACAACAGGCCAUGAUGUUGGACCUAAUUAAAUCAGUUGCUGCUCAGUCCAACGAGACUUAA